GUUGUACACAACCUGACCUGAUCUUGCAUAGCUUCCACCUCUCUUCUGUCGGACAGUAGGAUCAUAUUCUCUCUAUAAAUACACUUCUUGUGCCUUGAAACCUUUUCCAUCUCUUGUUUACUUCACCAAAUCAAAUCAAAUUUCUCUUCGUUUCUAUCAUUUCAGUUUCUCUCUAUCCCCUACAAUGAAUGCUCUAGCAGCUACUAACCGUAACUUUCGCCAUGCGGCGAGGAUCCUUGGUUUGGAUUCUAAAUUGGAAAAGAGUCUCAUGAUCCCUUUCAGAGAAAUCAAAGUUGAAUGUACAAUACCAAAAGAUGACGGAACUUUAGUUUCUUAUGUUGGAUUUAGAGUUCAACAUGAUAAUGCUCGUGGACCAAUGAAAGGAGGGAUUCGUUAUCAUCCGGAGGUUGACCACGAUGAGGUAAAUGCUCUGGCUCAACUGAUGACAUGGAAGACCGCCGUAGCAGAUAUCCCUUACGGUGGAGCAAAGGGUGGAAUUGGUUGCAGCCCAAGGGACCUGUCCAAAUCUGAACUAGAGCGUCUUACUCGUGUCUUUACUCAAAAGAUCCAUGAUCUUAUUGGAAUUCAUACCGAUGUUCCUGCCCCUGAUAUGGGAACUAAUGCUCAGACAAUGGCUUGGAUGUUGGAUGAAUACUCUAAAUUUCACGGACACUCACCCGCUGUUGUUACUGGGAAACCCAUUGAUCUUGGCGGAUCCUUAGGAAGAGACGCUGCCACAGGUCGUGGGGUUGUCUUUGCCACCGAGGCUCUACUUGCAGAGCAUGGGCAGAGUAUUAAAGACUUGAAAUUUGUUAUCCAGGGUUUUGGCAAUGUUGGCUCUUGGGCAGCAAAGCUCAUACAUGAAAGAGGUGGUAAGAUUGUUGCAGUAAGUGACAUAACUGGAGCUAUUAAGAAUUCGAACGGUAUUGAUAUCCCAUCAUUGCUCGCACACAAAGAAGAAACUGGCACUCUAAAGAGCUUCGGUGGAGGAGUUGUCAUGGAUCCGGAGGAGUUACUCGUUUAUGAUUGCGAUGUUCUCAUUCCUUGUGCUUUAGGGGGAGUCCUAAACAAGGAUAAUGCUGCGGAAGUAAAGGCCAAAUUCAUCAUUGAAGCAGCAAAUCAUCCCACAGAUCCUGAAGCUGAUGAGAUUUUAUCCAAGAAAGGAGUGGUUAUUCUCCCCGAUAUUUAUGCCAAUGCUGGUGGUGUGACAGUCAGCUAUUUCGAAUGGGUUCAGAACAUUCAAGGUUUUAUGUGGGAUGAGGAGAAAGUGAAUCAUGAAUUGCAGAAGUACAUGACCAGAGCAUUCGGUAAUAUCAAGUCAAUGUGUAAGACGCACAACUGCAACCUUCGUAUGGGUGCCUUUACAUUAGGUGUCAAUCGUGUGGCGCGAGCCACCCUUUUAAGGGGGUGGGAAGCAUAAAUUCGUUUCUCUUUCUUCAGAAACGAUGUUAGUAGCAGAGCAUAUCUUAGAAUGAUGAAGAAAUGAGAGCAUAUCUUAGAAUGAUGAAGAAAUGAAGUUUCGUACCUUAGUGUUGUCUUUUCUGUUUAUUUACUUUCACUAGUGCUAUAGAACUUAAGAGGAGUUAAGUCAGAUUUAAGGAAAUGGAGGAGGUUUUAUAUGAAGUGAUUAUUCUAUUGUUGUUAUACAGCCCAAGUUGCAUAAAGGCACCCAAUGGAUAAGUCAAAAAUGAAAUUUCAAUUUCAAAAAAUUUUUCUA